AUGUCUAGGUUGGAUUUGGGCGGCGACAAGGAGGAAGACGCGCAGCUCCGCGACGACGAGUUUAGCGAGUUGAGGAGAUACUUGGACGUGCAGUUCGAGAGGCAAGCUCGUUUGUUCGAGAACUUGGAGCACGAAGUGAAGCUUCAGCGGAUGUAUCAGGGCCACGGCGGCGGCGACGUGCCCCGCUCGCCCCGCAUGGGCCAUGCCGUCUCGGACGGCUUCUUCGGACAGCACUCCCAGGAGAUCGAGAGAAUGACGAGUCCAGAUGAUCAGAAUGCCGAUCCCUAUGCGGGUGGGGCCAAAAGUGACUUCGUGGAACGCAUCAUCUCUCGGCGCAAGCUGAAAGCCAGCCGCACGGCCUCAAAAGCACGGACGGGCUCCCUGCGCUCGAGCGAGCCCGAGAGCUACAAAGGGCGGCUCAAGUGCAUCGUCAACUCGCCGUAUUUCACCUACGUCAUCAUGGCCCUCAUCCUCGUCAAUGGCAUCCUGCUGGGUGUGGAGAUCGAUGUUGCAGCCACCUUGGGCCAGGCUGAUAUUCCUGGAUGGUAUGCUGUCGUGAAUGCUUUGAUGGUGUUCAUUUUUUUCAUGGAGAUCGUGAUUAAGCUCUAUGCGCUUGGUUGUGAGACCUUUUGGAGAGGGUCUGAGUCUUCCUGGAACAUCUUUGAUUUCGUCAUUGUGGUGAUCUCUUUGGCCGAGACAGCCGUGGACCUGUGGGCGAAAGCCGCGGCCACGGACGGGUCCUCGUCCAUUCGCUUGGUGCGUGCCUUGCGCCUCGCAAGGACCUUGCGCUCCGUGCGCGUGAUCCGGCUCUUCCGAUUCUUUAGUCCCUUGCGAGGGUUGCUGCUGUCCAUCAUGUCCACCAUGGGGUCACUUCUCUGGACCCUUCUGCUGCUGCAGAUCCUGUUUUACAUGUUUGCAGUGAUUUUCUCACAGAUGGUGACGGACUACUGUCGAUUUCUGGAAGUGGAACGCACCGGUGAUAGUAAUGCAGUGCCCGUUUGUCCGGGCAAGCUGAACGAGUAUUGGUCCAAUGUGAUGGAUUCCAUGCAUACCUUGUUCUUGUCGAUCACUGGCGGGAUCGACUGGUAUGACGCCUAUGAACCCUUGAGGGACGUCUCAGCGCUGGCGAUUGCCCUCAUGAACCUGUACAUUGUCAUCGGCUUUUUCACGAUUCUCAAUGUGGUGACAGGCACCUUCGUGAACACCGCCAUUGAAAGUGCGGCCGCCGACAAGGACCUGGCCGCACAGAAGCAAUCACAGCGGAGGAAGUCACAAAUGUCAUCACUGAGGCACAUCUUCUCGGAUAUCACCAUUGACAUGGACGAACAGGUGACGAUCGAGAACUUGCAAGAAGCCAUGACCAAGAACAACAACCAGCUUAGCAGUUUUCUACAAUCGAUGGGUAUCUCCACGGACGAUCUUUGGACACUCUUCUUGCUCAUCGACGAGGACGACAAUGGUGUGGUCGACAUUGAUGAGCUUUUGCGCUCUUGCCCGGUCGGUGGACAUGACGCACCGGAGAUGACGGGAGGCACCUCGAGCUUUACAGAUUUGGACCCACCUGCCCUGCCCGGGCAUCAGCUGCUGCCGCCGAGCGUCCGGGUCUUGGACGUCCCAACGGCCAUGGAUUUCUUCGAUCAUCACGACAAGGUGCGCGCGUAUGGAAACACAGGCUUGCUGGACAAGAAAGCUUUUGCGGAGAUGCUCUUUGCCAUUGCCCAGGGCAAGGAUGCCAUGUCGGAAGAGUGGAGUAAUGCCAUCUUCGAGGCAUUGGAUUUUCAGGGCUUGGGAGUGCUAGACCAGGAGCAGUUCUUGGGAUGGACCUUUUGCACACCAAACAACUACCACAGCAACAUCCGUCUAAGAUUUCAGCAAGUGGUGAAGGAACACCAGCUCAGAGAGCUUUUAGAGGCCCUGGCCAUUGGCAACGGUUUGCGCACGCUCAACCAGCUCUCAGUGGGCAAAGAGGAACUGUGGUUCCUCGUGGACACCUGCCGCGUGCCCUUGAGCCGCUUCAGCGCCGACGAGCUCCACAGCUACCUGGCCAACGGUGCCGAAGGCGUCGACCCCAGUGAGUUCCUGAAUUGGCUCUUCCCUGGGCGAGAGCUUCGGGAGCUUCGUCAGAAGGUGGAUCAUUUGCGGCAGCAACAGCCGGAGGAAUCGGAGGAGGAGAACGAGGAGGAGCCAGUGGUGUUGCAAAAGUCUGACGUCUUCCGUGCUCCGCGUCGACCACUUUGGGAGCAUGGACUUCAGCGCCCGAUCAUCGUGGAGUUCAGGGUGGCCCACGCCUUCAUGCCCAAGAUCAACUACAUUGAGGAGAACCUCGGUGGCUUCUCGGAGCUCCGCCUCGAGGUGAAUGUGGUCAUUGAUGAAAGCUUGCGGAACAGCUGCGGGCAUGUGGUGAUAAAGACUGGCCGCGACAUGAUUAUUUGGGACACCGGCACCAUGACGCCUUACAGGGAGGAUCCUUUCGUCACCAAGGCCAGCAGCUGGAACUGGCUGAAGAGCUAUCUCUUGAUCUUCGCGCCGGAUGCGAACAUGGCCGCUCAAGUGGGCCACCUCAAGAAGCAAAAGCGCCGCCUGAAGCGCGCGGCCGCCCGCGCGGCGGCGGCGCGGCGGGCCAGCCGCGCAUCGCGGCACUCCAGUCAUCGCGCUUCCUCUCACGCAAGUGGAGACGAGCAUCCUGGACAUCAUGAGCACCUGCAGCAAUGA